AACAAAGUGGUGAUUGCGCCAAAGUUGAUCUAACGCGCAAAGAUGGAUCCAGUACAAGUUUUGCGAAAUUUCUAUCUUCUUGCGUCUACACUCCUUGUGUCAUUCAAUGUGGUGCCCUCUUUGCAACAGCGAUUCUUGAAAUAUGGUGCCAGAGCCACCAAAGUGAAAGACGAGCAUGGCAAGCCUAUCCAGGAGCCCGAGUCCAACAGUCGAUUGUCAAAGUUGAUGGACUUGGUGGCAUCAUUUGGUGUACCCCACUCGUGGUUUACUCACUUCUACAUAGCCUCAGUGGCGUCGUCCGUAUUCUGGGCGAUACAGGUUGCCCGCAAGGGACUGUUCUUCAGAUUUCUAGCAGAGCUGCACUUAGACAACUCUGUCAAUGAGCCAUCAAUGACAAUCGAUCAGGUGGUUCUAGUUUGGACACUCAUGGCCAUCCAAGGCUGCCGCAGAUUGUACGAAUGCAUUACCCUCACUAAGCCGACUACAUCCAAAAUGGGCGCUGUGGCAUAUUUACUUGGACUUGUGUUUUAUUUGGCUAUGGGAGUGGUUGUCUGGGUAGAAGGAAUACCUUCUAUACUUGCCAAUGACAUCUCAUUCCAAUCCUUGGCCACCAUGAUUCAGCCUUCCGUCAAGACUGCCAUCGGCGUGCCUCUCUUCCUCCUCGGCUCAAUAGCCCAGAACACGUGCCACACCUAUCUCGGAAGUCUCAAAAAGUACUCUCUGCCGGAGGAAGGAUUGUUUCGUGGCAUCAUCUCGCCGCAUUAUACGAGCGAGUGUGUGAUAUACCUUGGACUCGCAAUCGCUGGAGCACCCCCAGGUCAACCUUUGAAUAAAACCAUUGCUACCGUAGUCUUCUUCGAGGCUAUUAACCUGGGCAUUACCGCGGAGUCCACUAGAGCAUGGUACAGCGAGAAGUUUGGUGCGAAGAGCAUAGAAGGUAGAUGGAGAAUCUUCCCGUACGCUUAUUGAGUGCACGACAUAUAGGCAAUGACUUCGGAUGCCGUAUACACACACAAGAGACCUGGAUGGAGGGAUAUGCUGCUCAGUCGCGAAACUGAUACCUAAAGAGAUCAAGCCUUUGUGCCAAACAACCUACGGCCCAGCUUUGACACUUUCAGCACAUCUCGAUAUGUGAGGCUCGUACGACUUUGUCGUUCGUUUACGCCGUCUUUCAAAAGCUCUGGAUGCCCUAGCAAAUCCCAGUUCGCAACCGUCUCAGAAUUAAGAUUUGUGUCCGCUGUCACAUCGGCAAUUCCGUGCAGAUAAUUUGUGUACAUCUCCCCCGUUGUGAUCAACAAACUCCUUGGCUCCUGUAGGAUCUUCCACCGUGGCCCGCUCUCAGUACCGCCAUGCUCAUUGCUGCCGUAGAUGUCAAGACAGAGACUUGCGCCCAGGCUAACAGUGCAAACAACGGGAUGGUAGGCAGAGCCGUCUUUAUGUGGCAUGAUGCCUUGUCCUGGAAGGUAUUCGUUGAUUAAUACGUGAUUCGGUGCUUUGUGAGGGCUAUCGGAGAACAUAUUCAGGCUUGGAUCAUCGGCAUUCACUGGUAAAGAGAGGAUUCGUGGAAUUAUCGGGUUGAUGAGCCACGGUGGCAGGGGGGACUCCAGUAGAGUGUUGUUUGCCAGAUCGGACGGCCAUGUCUGCAGUCUUCGAUGAGUGAGCGUCUUCCAUCGAGGCUUCGGAGCUGUUGCUAUCUUCGAAUGAUCAGUGGUGGCCUUGGGGUGACUCUUAAUAUCAUACUCACUUUCUCAAGAAUGGCAGCUUCUUCUGCUUUGGUUAUGAAAUCAGUAACAUAGCAAACUGUGCCGGGUAGAGACUUGACUGUUGCCUCUUCAAGGCUGAUGGGGAGACCGGUUAGUGGAGAGUUGAGUGAGCUCAUAGCAAAAAGGUGAUAGAUCAAGCAAGGAGAGAUCUGUAGCGUGGGGAAGAAGUGAUAGAUUGACACAACGCAAGCCACAUCAGCGGAGCUAGUUUAUUGGGAAGCUAGCACAAAGAGCGAUGCCGAUGAUUCUGAAUCUGUUACUGGUUGAAGCUAAUGUGGCCAACAGACGAUAAGGUUUGCGUCAAGCGUCAAGCUUUAGGCCGCCACGCCAGCGCGGGUU